AUGCUGCGCUUCAAUAGAGGCGGGAUAAUUAUUACAUGCAUAUACGAACGAAAGUCAUGCUUUCUCGCAUCGCCAGAAUGGCGAGACAUCGCUUUCGACAAGACUGGGCUCAGUUUCGACGACUGCCUGAAUACUGACCUGAUGCAAUACAUGGCCGAGUUGCCUGGUAUCUUCAACACAUUGAAAGAGUUGGACGAAACUUACACCCUACAACCGCUCCACACUACGAGCUUUGAUUUCAGCUCCAACGGCGAAGUACAUAAACCGUUGAUCGACACGCCCCCAUCACUCGACUUCUCCACCGACUCUUUCGACGACAUUGACUUUCUAGAAGACAUACGGCCGGUCAAAUCAUCAUAUCCAAACAGCUCAAAUCCAUACACAUCUCAAUACGAAUCUGUACGGACAGCACUUCUGUACAAGGUAUAUGAGCUCAAAGACGCACUCCGCAGUCUAGGCGAACACAUGAACACGAAGCUCACAAACGGCAUCGCCGUCUCCGAGACGCCGUCAAGAGAAAAGAACAGUCCAACACAAACAACCUACCACUUCAACAACUGGCGCGACAUGACCGCCUACAACUGCUUCUGGUCCGUUAUCAUCCUAACGAACAAAGUCCUAAUGCGCCUCCUCCCACCCUUCGACCACGCGCGCUAUCAACUCAAAUCCGAAUGCCGCUGCGCCGCCAUCGAGAUCUGCAAAACAUGGGAGGACGCAUGGGCCAGCAGACCGAUUGGCGCAUUCCACACUGGCUUGAGCUUUGUUGUGGCAUACGAAUUUUGCAUACCGGAAGUUCAAGCGUGGAUAGUAAGAAGUUUGAACUCUCUUCUGGAUUACCAUCAGGUCGAUGCGUUUCGUUGGUCGGACGAGGUCAUUGUUAGUAUGGCGCAGAAACUUGCUGGGGAGGGGCCAGCGGUUGCGUUCUCGAAUGUUAGGGUUGAGGAGGAGGGGCGAUGA